GUAAAGUUGAUAAUUUCAAAAUUCGUUGUAACUCCACCAGCUACGGUGUUUGACCCCCUCGAUCGUCUGCUCAACUAGCCGUUCUUUUUCUAUUCCUCCUUUGCUAUGGCUUCGAUCUCCGGUCUCGAUAACCCCAUUGAAGAGUGCAGUAAAUAGGAGCAAUAAUCCAUGGAGGAGCGAUGAUGCAAGAGAGCUUGCAGCAAUAUAAACAAUAGAUCGAUUUCCUCUUGUUAGCUUUCUUCAUUUGCUUCUCGCCGUCCUCGGUUUCUGAUUUAAUAGCUCCGGCGAUAUCAGUUAGGGCGAGCAAGGAAUCUGGCUGCCGAACAUGGGGAAGCGUGCGGCGGCGCGUGCGGAGAGGACAGAGAACGAGCUCGCAUUGCCCUCGCAGAGGUUGGUGGAGGCGGCGUUGAAUGGGGAGGUGGAGGUCGUGGAGGAAAGUCUCGCUGCUGCAAUUGCUGGAGCCGCGAGUGAGGUCGUGGUGGAUGUGAACUACAUUGGGACUGUGAACUUGAGGGUUAAGUGCUCGGAGGUGGUGCUUGGAGAGGAGAGGGCAGACGAGGUGAGGAUCGGAUACGAGGAGUUCAGGACCGACGUUUCAGCGCUUUUCUCCGCCGCGCAUUCCGGCCAUGUCGAGGUUGUUCGGAAGUUGCUGUCAGCUGGAGCUGACGUUAAUCAGGAAUUCUUCCGGGGUUAUGCAAUAACUGCUGCUGCCCGUGAAGGCCAUUGUAAUAUCCUAGGCAUGCUUCUGAAAGCUGGAGUUUCCCAGUCAGCUUGUGAGGAUGCAUUAUUGGAGGCUAGCCUAUGUGGUGAGGCUGAAGCAGUGCAACUAUUGAUCCAGUCAGAAAUGGUGAGGGCAGAUGCUGCUGCGCAUGCUCUUGUGACGGCAUCCAGUAGAGGUUUUCUUGAUGUGGUGGCUGUACUAGUUGAGAAUGGAGUAGACAUAAAUCGCUUCGACAGAGUCCUAUUGCGGUCCAUCAAGCCCACACUGCAUGCAAAUGUAGAUUGUACUCCUUUAGUUGCUGCAAUUGUCAGCAAACAAAAUUCCAUCGUCAAAUAUUUGUUAGAGGCAGGUGCCAGUACAGCUUGUCUGAUCCAGGUAAGCGCAUGGUCCUGGGAUCCUAUUUCAGGCGAAGAGAUGAGAGUAGGUGUCUGUUUGGGAGAGCCUUAUAAUGCAUUAUGGUGUGCUGUGGAGUUCUAUGAAGCAAGUGGUGAGAUUCUCAAAUUAUUACUUCACCAUUGUCCCUUCCUGCUAGAAGAUCCAUAUCUUGGUAGAACUGUACUUUGUCAUGCAAUACUUUGCCAGAAUUCCAAUGCAAUAAAAGUGCUGCUUGAUCUUGGUGCCAAUUCCAAGUUCCCUCUGAGAACAAAACAAGGACAUGAAUCCUACCCCAUUCAUCUUGCAGCUAGAAUUGGCAAUGUCUUCAUCUUAAAACAGUUAAUUUCACAUGGAUGUGAUGUUAAUGCAAAAACUUCAGCUGGUGAAACUCCUUUGAUGGUCUCUGCAAAAGCUGAUCAUGCCGAGUGUUUCUUAGAACUAGUUUUAGCAGGGGCAGACCUGGGAUUGCUCAGCCAUACAGGUUACAGCGCCAUCGAACUGGCAGAGAGAAGCGCAUUUUCGUCUUCCAUCGUUGAUAUUCUUUCUCAGGCUUUAUUUACUGGGGCAACCAUCCAUUCAAGUAAUCCGAGAGUCUUUUCUCCAUUGCAUUUUAUUGCCGGAUGCGGUCGCGCAGAACCACUCCAGAUGAUUCUCAAUUCUUCCACCGGAGAACUGAACAAACUCGACAGCUCUGGUCUCACGCCAGUCAUGGUUGCUGCGAUCGGCGGCCAUUUAGAGUCUUUUCGUCUGCUAGUGAUGGCUGGAGCUGAUCUUACAGUAAGGUCAAGUGAUGGCAAUACCAUUAUGUCCAUCCUUCAAUACGAGAGUAUAGCUAGCUCCAAGGACUAUUUUGAGAAAGUCUUACUGGAUGGAGUGUUAGGGAACGUGAUAUCAAACGCACCUUUUAAAGCUCUUCAUUAUGCAGCUAGGAAAGGGGAUGCUUCAUCAACAAUUCAGCUACUGAAGAUGGGAUACAAUGUGAAUUCACUAGAUGAGAAUGGAUAUUCACCACUCAUGCUUUCUGCCAUGGAAGGCCAUUCUGAUCUCUGCAAGAUUCUUCUUGUGCAUGGAAGUGCAGACUCUGAGCUCAUAAAUGGCAGAAAAGAGACUGCUUUAUCAUUGGCAAGGUGCAGUAGCAGGUCAAACAAGGUAACCGAAGAUUUACUACUGGAUCAUGUUGCCCGGUUUCACGUUCUCGUUGGUGAGGAGCUCUGUAAGCACACAAGAGAGGGAAGGGGAAAUCCUCACAUGAAAGCGGUUCGAAUGCUGAAGUCUGGGGUGCUCAGCUGGGGCAAAACUAACCGAAGAAAUGUGGCGUGUAAGGAGGCUGCAGCUGGGCCAAGCCUGAACUUUGUAAAGAAUUGGAGAAAGGAUUCUGGGCAUAACAAAGCUGAGAUCUUUAGGGUUGUGACAGUGAAAGGCAGAGAGGUUCAUUUUGAGGCAAGUUGUGUUUCUGGAAUGGAGAUUUGGGUUCGGGGAAUUAAUCUCAUUACAAAAGAGGCUAAUUCCGGUGUGACUUGAUGGACUAAUGUGCUAGCCACAGAAGUGCAAGUUAAACAAAUGAAGUCUAUACUGAAAUCAUUCUUGUUGCGAAGCACACUGAUCUCUGUUUUUUGAUGGAUGGACAGUUUACUUCGGAUGGGAAGUGCUUUCCCAUGAAAUUUUCUGUUUGUUUGAACUUUUGGUGCUCUAGCUAGGUCGGAAAGCCAUGUGAAAGUUUGUGUAGCCGUUUGAAUUGCCUCUUUACAUAUGGAAACCAGUGGUUCUUAUUUUUAGACCAAGAACUGAACUCUUAUUACUAACCUGGA